GUGUGCGAAUGAUUGACAGGGUCGCGACCCUGGGAGGCGUGUUGGUUGCGGCAGUAAACGAGAUCCGGCCAUGUCCGCCGCUGAGAAUGGCUUGGGGACUGGGACCUUAUCGAUGCACGACUUUAGCGAAAGGCUGGCCGGUCAGUCGGUGUAUUUUCACGUCCUAAGGAUGUCGGGCAGCUUCUUCCUGUGGGUUGGCACCGCCCCUACCCUCUCCAACCUCGCGGUAGCUAUGACUACCAGAUUCGACCCAACUCCAGUAUCCUCGCUAAUCCUUGGAGACACCUCUGAUACCACGUCUAAUUCAUUAGCACAAAGGCUUGCUAAGAAGACUGGGAAACAGGUGUUUAUCAGCUAUAACCUGCCUAAUACCAACACUAACCUGUUGCUAGAAGUGGAAAACAGAAUCAAACAGGAAAUGGAGGCCAAUCCAGAUAAAUUCUAAGUGUGUUUUUUAAAGAUAUAUUGCUUUGAUUAAUAAAUUUUUAAAAAUGUC